CUUUCUCCGCCAUCGUGGUGUGUGCUUUUCUCCGUUUCUCGCCAUGUCUUCUCACAAGACUUUCAGGAUUAAGCGAUUCCUGGCCAAGAAACAAAAGCAAAAUCGUCCCAUUCCCCAGUGGAUUCGGAUGAAAACUGGUAAUAAAAUCAGGUACAACUCCAAAAUGAGACACUGGAGAAGAACCAAGCUGGGUCUGUAAGAAAUCACACAUGCGAUGGCACACGUAUUCAUGCUGUCCGAAGGUCACAAUCGAGUGUUACUAAACCAAGCUAUCGGGAGACGUUUGAAUAGAUUCCUUUCUGUAUCUGUUAUGAAGGCAUUAGUUAGUACAACCCACGGUGCUUCCAUUAUUCAUGUUUAAAAAAAAAAAAAGGUUUUGGUUGCCUGGGUUCAGUAAUAAAUAAGUGAGACCUUUCAAAAAAAAAAAAAAAA